AUGCAGUUCUCUACCGCUCUCGUUGCUCUCGUCGCCGCUGGCCUCGCCUCGGCCCAGCUCCCGGACAUCCCCCAAUGCGCCCUGAGCUGCUUCGUGACCGCUCUGAGCUCCGACGGCUGCUCGAGUCUGACUGACUUUGCCUGCCACUGCUCCAAGCCCUCGCUGGUCAGCAGCGUGACCCCCUGCGUGCAGAAGAACUGCGACCUCAACGACCAGUCCUCCGCCUCCAAUGCCGUCGUCUCCGUCUGCUCGUCUGCCAGCCAAUCUAUCAGUGUCCCCCCCGUGACUGGCGCUGCCACCACCAGCGCCGGUGAAACCACCACUACCAGCACCGGCGGCGCUACAACUGCCACUGCUACCACCUCUGCUGCCAACUCUCCUGGUGGCUCUAGCGUCACUGCCACUGCUUCCGGAUCUGGAUCCGGUUCGGCCUCUGGCUCUGGCUCUGGCUCUGGCUCUGGCGCUGCCUCCUCAACUUCUGGCACCCCUACACACACUGGCGCUGCCAUCGCUAAUGCCGUGCCCAACUUUGGCGCUGCUGCUGUUGCCGCCGCCGCUGCUUUCAUCCUCUAG